GAAUCCACAGAUUUUAAGUCACAACACACCAUAUCCAGCAACCAACAAUGGCAUUGUCGUCUCAUUUUCUUCUCCUUUGUUCACUUCUCUUCUUCAUAAUCUCCCCUUCCAUAGCCCAAACAUCAUUCCGUCCCAAAGCACUUGUUCUUCCUGUAUCUAAAGACCCUUCAACACUCCAAUACAUCACCAAAAUCAACCAAAGAACCCCUCUUGUCCCAAUCAAUUUGACCCUUGAUGUCGGUGGCCAAUUUUCCUGGGUCGACUGUGAACAAGGCUAUGUCUCAUCCACCUAUAAACCUGUUCGAUGCCGCUCUGCCCAAUGCUCCCUCGCUCGUUCUAGAUCCUGCAUCACAGAGUGCUACUCACCCCCCCGACCAGGUUGCAACAAUAACACAUGUGGUGUUCUCCCAGACAACCCUUUUUCACGUACCGGAACAGGCGGUGAGCUUGGUCAAGAUGUUGUUUCUGUUCAAUCCACUGAUGGGUUCAAUCCCACUAGAGUUGUUUCAGUGCCUAGUUUGAUCUUCACCUGUGCUAAUACAUUUUUAUUAGAGGGUCUGGCAAAUGGUGUUAAGGGUAUUGCAGGGCUAGGCAGAACUAAGAUUUCACUCCCUUCCCAAUUCUCUGCUGCUUUUAGCUUUCACAGGAAAUUCGCAGUUUGCUUGACUUCUUCGACUAGAGCCAAUGGUGUUGUGUUUUUUGGAGAUGGUCCUUAUGUUCUGCUUCCAAACAUUGAAGUCUCUAAAAAUCUGAUCUACACACCAUUGAUUCUCAACCCUGUUAGUACAGCCUCUGCUUAUUUUGCAGGCGAACCGUCGGCGGAUUACUUCAUUGGAGUCAAAUCAAUCAAGAUUAAUGGAAAAGUUGUGAAAUUUAACGCAACUCUGUUGUCAAUUAAUAAGGAAGGAUACGGUGGAACCAAAAUCAGUAGUGUUAAUCCAUACACAGUCAUGGAGUCUACAAUCUACAAUGCUGUUAUUAAUGCUUUUGUGAGGGAGCUAUCAAGUGUGAGUAGAGUGGCAGCAGUGGCUCCUUUUGGGGCAUGUUUUAAUGGUAAGGAGAUUGGUAGCACCCGUGUUGGCCCUGCUGUGCCACAAAUUGAUCUCGUGUUGCAGAGUGAGAGUGUGUACUGGAGGAUCUUCGGUGCUAAUUCAAUGGUUCAGGUGAGCAGUGAUGUGUUGUGCUUGGGGUUCGUGGACGGAGGUGUUGAUCCAAGGACUUCUAUUGUCAUUGGAGGGCAUCAAAUUGAAGACAAUCUUCUGCAAUUCGAUCUUGCUUCUUCAAGGCUUGGCUUCAGCUCUUCGCUUUUGUUUAGACAAACUACUUGUGCCAACUUCAACUUCACUUCCAAGCUCUAGAUAUCAAAACCUUCAUAUUAUCAACAAUAAAUUAAUGUAUUAUUGGAUUAAUAAUGCCCCUAUUAUUGAUGACCACUUUUCUUUAUUA